CUGCCAUUGUCCCUCCUACUACCUCCAUAACCCCCAUUGUCGCUUUUGCGCACCGCCAAAAUGUUCCGCACCGCUCCUCGUCUGGCUGGGUUCGUGUUCCGUGAGAACCGUGUCCCUUACUACCAGCGCCUUUUCCAGCAGCACGACGGCAAGCGCCAGUGGUGGAAGACUGAGCGCAGUGGUUACCUCAUGUGGCCCUACCUCAUCUCCGUCUACGGCAUGGGCAUCGCUACCACCUACGCUAUGGGUCGUAUGGUCUUUGGCCACAAGACCUGGUUCGGCAAGGCGUAAAUGCGGUCCUCGCCAACUUUGACACAGUGUACCUCUAUUUCUCUGAUAGGCAGCUAGAAAGAAAGAUAACUGACGUUGUAUAUAACUUUCUCCAAAGCGUCAAAGCGUUAAUACCUGCCUCGUUUUCUCUCGUAUAUUCCCGAGUACCCUGUGUCCCAGCCAUCGUCCGCUUGUUUCGGGUGGAUAGAGAAACAUUGACCAAUGAUCCGAGGAGAGGCAAGAUUGAGGGUGCCUGCAACUGUACACUGUCU